CUCUGUCACUUUCUAUGAAAACAAUUGGAAAAAGUAUUUCCAAUAAUAAAAAUUCCAAAGAAAUGGUAGGGCCAGCUGGGAACAUAAAGCCCGCCGCAGAACGAUCCCCGCCGGGGAGCAAACCGCAGUCUAUAAAUGCUACCGGAAAAGCCGACCAAACCUCACCAAAGUUACCGUCGCCGGGGCAGCAACACACGGGCGUGCUCAACCAGACACGCAGGUUGUCGGUUUGUCCCGCGAAAAUGGCCGUCGGCGGUCUUGCCAUCGCCGUCACCAUAGGCUACUUUACUUUGUAUUCCAACAAAAAGCCGGAAGCCACCGCCAUUGAUGUGGCUAGGGUUGCCACCGGCACCGGAACGCCGACCAAUACCCGCCCUCGCAAUUAAUUAGGCUCUUGUGCUUAAUAUAUAAUUUAAAGAUAUCACUUAAUUGCAUUUUAAUUGGCUCUAAAAAUUUUUAUUGUAAUGGGACUCUACCCCGGGUUACUCUUUUUUAUUUUGUUAUGAAUUGAUUUGUUUGUUGCAAAUUUUAAUUUUAAUUAUUAAUUAAUGUGUUGUAUUAUUUUUUGUUAUGUUUACGGUUUCAGAUUUGGGUAGUUGGCUCCAUUUUGUAAUGUAUGCAAUUUAUGUAAUAUAGCCGUAGUUAUUAAUUACUCUUUAAUUAAAUAGAAAUAAAAAAAAUU